CAAAUUCAUAUAGUCAAUAAUACUAAGAAAUUGGAUCAUUUGAAUCCCCUGUUCAGAAGAAGUUUAGAGAUAAACAAUUUUCUUUCCGGUGAAGAUAUUUUCAGCGUGCUUCCAUUCAAUUCCAUAACUACAGCGGCGAUCAUUUCAAUUACAUCUCUAAAUGAUGCCUUGAAAGCCUUGGCAAUAAAUGUGAAACAAAUAUCCAAAUCGGUCCUUGACACAUUGGGAAAAAUUUUUGGAAUGGGAAGCAAUAUCAAAUCUAAAUUGGAUCCUCCGACUUGUAGAAACCUUCAAUCUAUUGCUCAAAUACAAAGCGAAUUUGAACUUGACGAGUGCGCUAAUGUUGAAUAUUUGCAAAAUUACAUUGAAAAUGUUUUUGAACCAUUUGUGGAACAAGUAAAUGCUCAUUUGGAAGUUCAAUUGCAAGUAUUGAACGAAGAGAAAGAAGAUCAGAUUAUUAAAACCGUAGCCGCAUCAGUUGUCUCCGUUGCCUCGUUUAUAGCGGCAGCCAAAGCAAACACUGCUUUUAAGAGAGCUGUUGGUGCUGCUGUUGGUGGGGUAACUGCCGGAUACGCAUUAAAUAAUAUUUGUAGAGGAAGGAAACUCGGUGAAAUUAUUGAAGAGCAUAAGCAAAUUAAAAAUAUUGUCAAAGGCUCAAAAUUAUUUUUGAAGGAAAUGCGCGAAAAAACCGACAUUGAAUUUGACGAGUCAGAUCUGUUAAUCUUGAGUCAUGGAUUUUCGGACUGCCCUCAGUUGUUAGUAGCAUCACCUCUUAUUGAGUGA